ACAGUCUAACUCUGCAGUCGUGUUGACGGCUUUGUACCGUCGACCACUGCAAGUGUAAAAAGGAAAAAUGAUGGGUCAAUGGGUCAUUUGCUUGACCCUGCUUGCAACAGCUGCGGCCCAAAAUCCUUUUACCCUCGAAGAAUUUGUUUCUGGACAGUUCACACAGACUGGAUUCACUGGAACAUGGAUCUCAGACACUGAAUUCACGUAUACAAUACCGGGUGAGUCAGGUAUUUAUGUGUUUGACGUACCGACCCUCACCGGCAGAGUGCUUGUUUCUGGGGAGCUCAUGGGCUUUUUAAAUACAAGCAAUCCAAUUCUGUCAGCCGACAGGAGAUAUAUUUUGGCACCAAGUGAAGUGGAGUCGGUGUAUCGUUACUCGACAACUGCUCAGUUUGCGUUGUAUGAGAUCGAGACAGGUGCAGUGAACUACAUCGCAAACAGUCAACGUUUGCAGUUAUGUAUAUUCGGCGGCGGUCACUCAUUGGCUUACGUCUUGGACAACGACUUGUACUACCUGCCUGAGAACAGCCCUAAUGCUAUUCGAAUCACGUCAGAUGGUAUCCCUGGUGUCAUCUACAAUGGACACACAGAUUGGGUGUAUGAGGAGGAUGUCAUGUAUACUGGUCAAGCGACGUGGUUCUCUCCAGACGGCAAUUACUUGGCAUUCGCGAGCUUCGACGAUACCCAAGUAGAAUCAUACUCCUACUACUACUAUGUGGACAAAUCUGAUCCUGAUGACGUAUAUCCAGAGUUGGUUGAUCUUAAAUACCCAAAGGUCGGGCGUACAAAUCCUACAGUAACACUCCGCGUGGUGGACCUUAACAACAUUAACGCGGACAACAUAAACUACAUCGUCAUGUCCGCACCCGAUCUGGUCACAGAAGACCACAUCCUGGGUGGAGUCACGUGGCCCACGGCUACCGAGAUCGCAGUCCAUUGGCUCAACAGAAGACAGAACCACACCGUCUUUAGAAUCUGUGAUAUCAUCACUAAUACAUGUGAUGAAGAAAUUCGCGAGCAGCCUAACGGAUGGGUUCCAAUUGCCUUACCUCGCUUUAGCAGGGACGGUGAAUUCUACGUAUCGACACGCUGGUCUCUGCCUCAAGCCGACGGUAACAUCUGGCAACAUUUGGUCAUGAGCAUGAGAGUCAACGGUACGAUAGUCCAGAGCUCUUUAACGCCAGGAGCGAGAACUGUCAAUACGUUUGUGGGCAUGGAUGAGAAUAACUUGGCUUAUUACUACACAAGCACGGAAGUAGACAGGCCGUGGCAAGCGCACGUCCAUAUCGCUGGUUCCCGCAUCGGUUGUCUGAGCUGCAACCUGCAGCUGCCAGAUGGUGGGCUGUGCACCUGGGCUACUGCCACCGCCAGCCGCGACGCGACCUACCUCACUAUCACCUGCAGCUCAACAGAAGAACCUAGCGCCACCUAUAUCUAUCAUCCUUUGACUCGUCAAAUCCUGUACACCUGGCAAGACAACUCUGUAGUACGUGAGCGUCUCCGAGACAAAGUCAAGCCUGGCAGUAUCAUAACAACGGUGCCCUUACAGAAUGGUUUCCCUGCACCGGUUAGACUUCUGUUGCCUCCAGGACUCAAUCAAAGCGACACAGAAACUAAAUACCCUCUUGUUUUCUAUGUGUACUCCGGACCUAAUACUAACACAGUGUAUGAUACUUUCACCGUUGGCUACCACUCCUAUUUGACAACAAGUCGCAACACUAUCUACAUGUUUGCGGAUGGGCGCGGCUCAGGUCUCAAAGGACAAGAUAUUUUGUAUUCUUUGAACAACGCACUGGGAACUGUCGAGGUGGAAGACCAUUUCGUAAUACUUAGACAAGUAUUGGAUCGGUACCAGUUUAUUGAUCGCGAGCGCAUCGCUAUAUGGGGUCACAGCUACGGGGGCUAUGCGACCCUGUUAACGCUGUUGCAUGACGAUGAACAUCUGUUCAAGUGCGGUGUCUCCGGUGCGCCUGUCACCUCCUGGCUUUACUAUAAUACAAUGUACACUGAACGGUAUAUGGGCUUACCGACUAGUGAAGAUAACUUGGAAGGCUACGAGCGUGGUGACGUCACAUUGCUAGCUGAAAAACUUCGAGGCCAUGACUUCUAUUUGAUGCAUGGGAAUGCAGACGAUAACGUGCAUUACCAAAACGCUGCUAAGCUAAUGAAAGCUCUGCAGCAACUGAAUAUACCCUUCGAGCAAAUGUCAUAUCCAGAUGAAGCGCACAGUCUUAGGGGUGUCAACAUGCACAGGUACCGCACUAUGAACCGGUAUUGGGAGAAAUGCAUACAAAUGCCUUCAGAGAUUGAAGUUUAGUUACAAUAGUACCUAUUGCUAUGGUAAAGUUUGUUUGUAAAUAAAUUUGUAUCAUUUUC